UGUAGGGCAGCCGCACGUGCGUAGAGCCUGCCUAAGGAAGCAACAUGGGGAAGCAGAGGCAGAAGACCCGUGCCGCGGCAGCAAGCGCCGUUUCCUCCUCCUCGAGAAGGGGAAUGACGCCUAGAGAUGGCCAAAAAAAGAAGAAAAUCAACUCAAAACCCAAAUGUGUAGAUGAGCAAGAAAUUCCCUAUCGUCUGCGGGAGAUCAUGAAGAGCUGUGAAGAAUUAAAGAACCCCAAGAGCAGGAAGAAAAAGAAAGCAGGAAGCAAGCGGAAGCGUAGGUCAGAGGGCAAAAUACCCGUGCCGAGAUUCAGGAGGCAGAAGGGAGAAUCCGAAUCUUCUUACAUGAAGCGAAUGAACCAGGAAACGCAGCAUGUGCUGUUCCUCACCCAGAACCAGCCGCAACAGGAGCCCGAGAAAGAAGAGCCGAUCCAAGAAAAGUCCCAGAAGAAAAAGCAAUUCCAGCAAAAGAAACUGGAUAAAAUCCGAAAACAAAAAGAAGAGAAGAAAAUAGCAGUGUUGGAGAAGGAUUUACUCAGAGACUCAGUACAGUUUGGAGAAGUUGCUCUAGCGCCUCCUUCACUUACAGCAAAGCCCAGGAAGAGUGUUGCCAAAGAGAAGGCUGGCAAGCGGCAGCUUCUGCUGAUGUCUCUCUUGGGCUCUGGCGCCGCAGCCUCUACGCAUAAAGUUGCCCCUGCAUCUCUUGCUCGCCAGAGGAUCAUACGGGAGGAGAGGGAUAGGGUUGUCCAAGCCUACCGGGACUUAAAGAAACGUAAGCAGCAGCAACAGCUGUCAGCCCAGAGCCAACUGGGUAUGGAGAAACUAAGGAAGCCAGUCUGAGGUUACAUUUCCAGCAUUACUGAAAACAGGGAGCUGUUCUCCUGCAAAAAUAUCUGCCUGCAACCACAACCAGCAUCCAUUUGAAGUCAUUCCUUUUUGAAUGAGAGUCAGGCCACCAGGACAAACGCAUUUCUAGCCAUUGAUUUGUGAUGGGUAGCAUGGAGGUUAACAGCCAUCAGUUCUGGAAGAAUGAAUUGUGUUCUGAAGAAUGAUUUCUAGAGAAUGAAUUGUUCAGAAAGCAGCGUUCUCAGUGUUCAACUUUAGAAUGGCAUGCCCAGCGUGAAGGAUUACACCACAAUUGUUUUCUGCAGAGGAUGUCUGAGGCACAGGCAUGAACACUAUUUUUUACACACUCAUAAACCUGUUUCAGUUUUGGCUGCAAGAUGUUUAGGGAAUUCUCCUUUUGUUGAAUGGGAAAUUCGUAUGGGUGGAGAGAGGGUGUUUGUGUGUAAAAGAUGAUAAAUUAGUUAUCUGAGAUUGAAAGAGAUUGAUCCCUACUUUGCAGUACUCUGUUAACAGCUUUAAAAGAAAAGAAUCUGUGAUGAUUGAACUGGCUACUUUUGUUUUCUGCAAACUUGAUCCUAUUUUUCUUAGGUUUGUGCCUCCCGUUUUGUAAAUAUGGUCCUUUUAAAUGCAUUCUUCAGUCUUUGCUCAGCCUGCUACGUGGGUUUUGGAGUAGAAAGAGUGUCACUUCUAGAAUAAAUAUUUUCUUGACAUUUUUCUCAUCUUGUCUUGUUCUUGUAACUGCUGAAAAUAAGAGAAGCAUUCUUCUAGAGCAACUAUCAGUCAGGACUUCGUUUUGAGCUGGCCCAACACUGGUGUUUAGAUAGCACUAUCAGGAGGUCCCUUCACUUGACAGUGAGAAAGUGAGAAAAGUGUCAUUCUUGCUUUGCAAAUCUUCAUUCAAACCUAAAAGCUAGGGACCUUUUCCCACACAUGUUAUUUACUCCGUAUUUGAUAGUGAUGGCCUGGGCCUAGUGGCUCUGGAGAAGCCUGCACUAAAGUGAUUGCAGAGCCUACAUUUCCCAGGCUCCCUUUGGCCCCUGUGAUUGCGUAAGGGGAUUCUGAGGGAAAAAAUGCACCAAUAGGAAAGUAGGGAAGAUGGUGCCUGAGAGAAGGGAUAAAAGGCCUUGCCCAGAGUGGGAGGGUAUUCACUUCUAGGGAGCAGAGUGAGGGGAGGUUGUUGCAGAUGGAGGGAUCCCUCAGGUGAGACAGUUGGAAACCAGUCACCUGGAGACAGUUAAGAACAGUCUAGUUGGAUACAUUAGGAUGUGUUAGUUUGUUUAUUCAUCAACCUGUACUAUUUAUUUUACAAAGUUUUGAAACCAGUUAUUAAUAAACUUUUAAAAUAAAGUUCUUUAUUAUUCUG